AAUUGUCUAAAUAUACGAAAUGGUUUCAGUGAAAAUGGUUUUAAAAUGGUUUUGCGUUUUAGGGUUAGUGACUGCGGCGAAUGCAUACUCAACGAAAGAUUCGAAAGCUAUUAAUCCCAAAGAUAUAAAUCAAUGGAACAUUGUACAAAUUGUCCCUACCAAUAGUCAGUCCAACAACAAUUCUCCACCAUAUGCUGCACCUCCAGGGUUCGUUUGGAUUCAAGCACCUGCUUCAAAUUUUGCAACUUCUUUAGGAGGAAGCCACUCUAACUCUAACUCCGAAACAAAACUACCAAAUUAUGGUAGUAAUAACCCAAUAACAAGUCCAGUUACGGAAGGAGUUUCUGGAUCAGGUUUAAACAAACUUUGCCUACAACCAAAAGGCCAAUUUCCCAGUAAAUCUUGCAACAAAUUUGUAAAUUGUUGGGAUGGUAUUGCCACCGAACAAGAAUGUCCCCCGGGACUGUUAUUUAGCUCAAAAGGAUACUGUGACUAUCCUGAAAAUGUGGAUUGUAACGGAAGGCCACAAGGAUCACCACCCGCCGAUACCAAACCUGGCACCGUGACUUCUUCAAAUGCGCCAACGCAGGUACCUGAUCACCCAACUGUACCCACUGUAGUAUUACCCGUUACAGCACCCACGGUUGCAACUUUACCACCAGUACUAGUUGAUCCAGAUCUACAAAAACGAUGCUUACAACCAAGAGGCCAAUUUCCAUCCUCAUCAUGUAAGAAAUAUGUAAACUGUUGGGAUGGCCACGUUGUAGAGCAAGAAUGUCCAGAGGGAUUGCUUUUCUCCACCAAAGGGUAUUGCGAUUAUCCCUACAAUGUUAACUGCGGUGACAGGGGUCAAUACGGAGGAAGUAAAGUGGUGUUGCCUGAAUCUUCUGAAUGUCCACAAGAAUCUGGAACAUUUAGAGAAAAACACGACUGUGGAUCGUAUUACACGUGUGUUUUCAACAAAAUUGUCGCCAGAUACUCGUGUCCUGUAGGGCUCAAAUUUAAUGAGGAUUUGGGUAUUUGUGACUAUGAAGCAAAUGUCGACUGCUCUGCAAAAAUAAUUAACCAUUCAAAAACAGUUAUUGGAGUAGUUACCACAGAAAAGAAUGCAGAUCAUAACGAAUACAUUGGACAAAAUACUAAAUGCAGCGUAGAAUAUGGAACAUUUAGGGAUAUGUAUAGGUGCAAUAAAUACUAUAUCUGUGCAGAUUUUAAAAUUGUUUCUCAACACGAAUGUCCACCAGGUUUUAACUUUAACGAUAAUAUUGGAAAGUGUGACUAUUCUCAUAAAGUUGAUUGUUCGAAGCCUCAACAAAUUUAUGAAAUAACAAAGAAUUCUAUAUUGCAAAUUCCAGAAGAAUAUAGAGAAAAAGUAAACAAUUGCAAACCAGGAUCGGUAUUUCGUCUAAAUUCCGAAUGUACAGCUGCCUGUUUAUGCAGGAAUGGUUUAGCAGAAGUUAUACAAUGCCCGACAGGAUUUGCGUACGAUGCAGCAAUAGAUAAAUGUAUUUUACGACACCUGGCUAGAUGUUAAUUUAUAUAAAGAAACUGUGAUGGAUUUCUUCUUUCUAUGAAGACUGAUAAAAUGCUUAUGAUACAAAACGACUAGAAGCGUUUUGAGGGGUUGGUGGCGGUUUUUAUUUAUUAUUUAAUUAGACGUAAGAAUUAUGUAGGAAAUGUAAAAUAAAUGAUUAAAAAACACAA